AUGUACACCAAGCAGGCUCUUUCCGUCGGCGCUGCCUCGCUCGCCCUCGUCCAGCAGGCCAUGGCUUUCAACGCUCAUCGUCACAUUCACCAGGACAAGCGCGCUCUCAAGAUCGAUGUUGUCACUGAAUGGGUCACCAUCACUGUCGGUGGUGACGAGUCGGUUCCCGCCGCCACUCCCACCCCUACGCCCACUCCUACUCCUCAGCCUGCGGCCCCCGAGGCCCAGUACACUCCCACCACGACUUCUACCUCCAUUGUCGUGAUCCCUACUCCCACUCCUACCCCGGUCUAUGCCACCCCCAGCACCACUCUCGUCAAGUCGGUUGCUCCCAAGUCGUCUUCCCAGGCUCCUGUCGCUGAAGCCUUCUCUGAGGCCGCCGUCGCUGUUGCCGCUGUGCCUUCUACUUCCUCCGCCAAGGCAACUGCUUCAGCCGUCGUCAGCUCCAGCUCCAACUCCGAAAAGGUCAAGAAGCGUGGUGUCGCUUACAACGAUCCCACCAAGGUCAACGCCUUCUUCUCGGGCACCACCCAGAACUGCGGCUGGGCCUACAACUGGGACUCUGCUGACAACGGCAUCACUGCCACGGGCGUCGACUACGUCCCCAUGCUCUGGGGUCCUAUCGACACCCACACCGCCCGCUGGGACGAGAACGCUAAAGCCUCCAUCAAGAAGGGCUCUACUCACAUUCUGAGCUUCAACGAGUGCGACAUGCCCUCUCAGUGCAACCUUGCUGCCUCCGAAGCUGCUGUCCAGCAUAAGAAGUACAUGAACUCCUACAAGAAUGACUACAAUGUCACGAUCGGAGCCCCUGCCAUCACCAACAGCAACAUCGCUGGCCAGGGUCUCGACUGGCUCAAGGCUUGGGUCUCUGCCUGCGAAACUGAAGGCUGCAUCUACGACUUCUGUGUCACCCACUGGUACUCUCCCUCCACCGCUGCCGACACCCUCUUCAGCCACCUUGAGGCCGUACACGAGGCCUGUGGCGGUAAGCCCGUCUGGUUGACCGAGUUCGCUCCCUUCGGCACCACCGAUGAGAUCUCCAGCUUCGUCUCGACCAACGUCCCCAAGCUCGAGAGCCUGUCGUACCUCGAUCGCUACUCUUAUUUCAUGGCUUCCGAUGGCGUUCUCAACUCCGGCUCUGGCCUGAGCGCCCUCGGUCAGGUUUAUGCCGCCGCUGCCUCAGUUUGA